UCUCCUUCCGUAUCAGUCUGACUUGGUUUAUAUUCGCUGUAUUCCCAAAAAUCUCGUCCCUUUUGAGAAUCGAGAGUUAAUAAAAAGUGGAAUCAAGGGGGAGUGUCUGUGGUGGGAGAAUAGAAGACGAACCCACCAAAAAGUUUUUACAUUUUUAUGUUUAAAAAGACAAGCUUUGGUUUGUAUAAAAGACCCACUACCACUAAUCCACCUCUCUAGCUUCUCACACCAUUUAACCUCUCUCUCUCUCUCUCUCUCUUUUGGUUUUUAAGUUGCUGUUUAAGGGUUUUUCAGAAUUGUAGAGAUUUUCUCUUUGCUCUUGUCAGAGAAAAAACAAAAGACCUAAAUUAGUUCUCUUGCGUGAACAAGUUGUCGACUACUAGACAAACCUUCCAAGUACGCAACUUCGGUUAGACAAAACAAAAGACACUAAUGGAGGGCUAUUCAAGAAACGGCGAAAUAUCUCCGAAGCUGCUCCAUUUGAUUCCACAAGGGACAAGAAGAAACUGGUUUCACGAUGACCAAGCCUCUGUUUACAACACGGAAGAGAAGAAACUUGAGCUAAAGCUUGGACCACCUGGUGAAGAUGAACACGAAGAUGGUUCAUCGAUGUUAAGACACAUCAAGAAAGAACCAAAAGACAAAUCUACCCUUUCUCUCGCUGGCAAACACUUCUCUCCUUCUUCAACCACCAACAAACCCACAUCUCAGAAAAGAACUGCUCCUGGUCCAGUGGUGGGCUGGCCUCCGGUCAGAUCAUUCAGGAAGAAUUUAGCAAAUGGAAGCUCUUCAAAGCUUGGAAACGAUUCCACCUCCAAUGCUGUUGUCCUCAAGAACCAGAAGUGUGAUGAUGAUAAUGGCAGAGCAAUGACAAUGGAACCCAAGAGGCAAGGAGGUUUGUUCGUGAAGAUCAACAUGUAUGGUGUUCCCAUUGGUCGUAAAGUCGAUCUCAAUUCUCAUAAUAGCUAUGCGCAGUUAUCAUUCACCGUGGACAAGCUCUUUAGAGGUCUUCUUGCAGCUCAAAGAGAAUCAUUUGGAGAAGAAGAGAAACCUAUCACUGGAUUAUUGGAUGGGAAUGGAGAAUAUACUCUUACUUAUGAGGACAGUGAAGGAGACAAGAUGCUUGUGGGAGAUGUCCCAUGGCAUAUGUUUGUAUCUUCGGUAAAGAGGCUUCGUGUGAUUAAAACCUCUAAGAUCUCUUCAGCCUUAACAUAUGGAAAUGGUAAGCAAGAGAAGAUGAGGAGCUAAAGAAAAAACUUUUACAGCUUAAAGUAGAGAUGUUACUAUGUUUUGCUUUUGCCUUUUCAACUCUGAUGAGUUUUGGUCUUUGGAAAGUUUAUAAUUCAAGUCUGAUGUACAUCUUUUGAAUUUUGAGAAUUUCAUACUAAAUGAGUUAUCAAUCAAGUUCAGACAAUGAAAAAGAUGAUUUGGGAUGUUACA